AAACGUUCGCAUGAUUUUUUUUCUUCACUGUCGUCGUCUGUCGAACCCGCAGAGCAGCAGCCAGAAGAGUGGAAAUUUGCAGUCGUCGUCGCGUUCGUUGUCCGUGUGCGAAAAUUAUUAAACUUGGUAGAAAGCUUCGGCGUUUAGUGGCUGGCUGGCAAGUAAAUCGUUCCAAAGUGAUCCAGAUUCCAAUUUCCGCCGGGAUCAAUCGCGUCCGGAGUGAGUGACUAGUUUCGCCAUCGAGAUUGGUAAAAAAUCGAACAACGACGGAAGAAAGGAAAAGAAAAAUGUCUGGCGAUUGAUUCACGCCUCGGCUCAGCCCUCCGCGGUCAGAAGAAGGCAAGGCCUGCUGCUGCUGGUUGCGCCUACUACUGCUGCUGCUUGCUGCAAAUGGUUUUUUGAAGUUUCAAAUUUUCGCUUCGCGUGUGAGUGUGUAUAAAAUGCGAAAAUCCAAGAAUAUGUAGUGAUUUUUAUUUUCACUUUAUGUAGGCCCAAUGAUAUUUAAUUUGUACGCAUCCUAGUGUUGGGAGAGUGUGUGUUGUAAUCUGCUGUUUUCAGUGGAAGAAAAGUAAAACGAAGGGAAAUAUUCUACGGACAGCGUUCCAAAGAAAAAAAAGGACUUGCCCAAGAGUCCGUCAGGGAAGAAUCAAUCCUUCGGUGGGGUUCCGCAAUCACGUCUCUGUCGGCCACCGUGAGUUGCCUUUAGCUCACUCCUUUUGCUGCUGCCUUGUGUGAACAGCCAGCACUGUGUGAAGUGGUGUGUAUUUGGUAUAUAUUUUUUGUGUGCAAUCGCCAUUUUGUGCUCCGACGGACGACGGAACGAAGUGAACCAAUCAAAACGAAAGGGAAGAAAGUCUCCAGUGAGGGCCCCGUGGCCAGAACUGCCAUAUCCUUUGGAUCGUCUGCUUCCGGCCAGAGCAGUGAUUGGCCACACGGAAUCAUCCGCGGUAGGGAUCGUUCAGUGAGACUUGUGUACGUGAAGUUCUACAAGUAGAUAUCGUGGUGUCCAACAAAACGUCAUCUCGUUGGGAGGCGCUCCCCAAAAUAUGCUGCCCUAGCUUGGGAUUUUUUCUUAUCGGAUAACACAACGCUCUUGUUCAUCGAGUAUUCGCAGGAUAUUACCUAAGACGAUGGACUCUUCCGCAGAUCUGAAAGGAACCUAAAAACCCCACAAACUAAUCGGACCGAUCCGGAUCCCCAGUUUGACACAGGAGCUGCAUCAUUCACCCACAGUGAAAAUGUGCAGAAGGUGGACAAGAUCUGAUCAAGUUAGUCAUCCUCCCAAUAGUGACAAUGCGGUGCAGUGUUCAGACGACGAGUUAGUGUUAGAGCAAAAAUAGCCCAGUCGGCACCGAGUGGUCUAAUCAAUUAGCAAACACAUGACAAUAAUCGGAAGAGUGGAGUGUGGAAAAAGGGUGGCGUACAAUUCAUCAUCGCCAUCGUUUGUUUUAACGCCAAAGUGCAAGCACCAGUGAAGCAGGAACAUAAACAUCAACGCUGCUGUGGUUGAUGGUACCACAGGGUACCGAAUUCAGAUUGGAAGAAGGUGAAUAAAUCGAAGGAAAGUGUGAUCCUUGGUAGGGAGGAAAAAAAGUGUCGUGAGUGAAGAAAGUGUCUGUGUGAAGAAGCGAAACGCAUUAUUACUCCUAAAGCUGAGUCUUCUUGCUUCCCCGCUGCAGUACUACUUCCGAUAGUAGUAUGCCUAUAAUGAGGCCGGGAAGCCUGAAGGAUCCCGAGAUAGCCGAGCUGUUCAACAAACAUGACCCGGAGAAGAUAUUCGAAGAUCUGCGCGAAAUUGGCCAUGGUUCGUUCGGUGCGGUCUAUUACGCAAAAUGCAAUCUCACGCGCGAGAUUGUCGCGAUCAAGAAGAUGUCCUACAUGGGCAAACAGAGCAUGGAAAAGUGGCAGGAUAUCCUGAAGGAAAUUCGUUUCCUGCGGCAGCUGAACCAUCCUAAUACGAUCGAGUACAAGGGAUGCUACCUGCACGAGAACACGGCAUGGCUCGUGAUGGAGUACUGCGUGGGAUCGGCUUCCGAUAUAAUCGAGGUGCACAAACGGCCCUUGAAGGAAGAGGAAAUAUCGGCCAUCUGUGACGGAGUGCUACGAGGAUUGAGUUAUCUGCACAGCCUUGGCAGGAUUCAUCGAGACAUCAAAGCGGGAAACAUCCUACUAACCGAGCAAGGUAUAGUCAAACUGGCUGAUUUCGGCAGCGCUGCCAUCAAAUGUCCCGCCAACAGUUUUGUGGGGACGCCGUACUGGAUGGCACCGGAGGUGAUUCUGGCGAUGGAUGAAGGCCAGUACGACGGCAAGGUGGACGUGUGGUCGCUCGGCAUUACCUGCAUUGAACUUGCGGAAAGGAAACCUCCCUACUUCAAUAUGAAUGCGAUGUCUGCGCUGUACCAUAUUGCGCAAAACGAGGCUCCUUCGUUACAGGCUCCAGACUGGUCCGAUAUUUUUCGGAGUUUUGUGGAUUUCUGCUUGAAGAAAUCCCCAAAUGAGAGGCCAAAUUCCAGUAAACUGUUAACCCAUUCGUUCAUGACGAGGAUACGAUCGCCAAAUGUACUGAUUGAUUUAAUAGCGAGAACUAAAGCUGCCGUUAGGGAAUUGGACAAUCUAAACUAUAGGAAGAUGAAGAAGAUCCUGAUGGUGGAUUCUUGUGAAACCGAAAGUAAUGUCGGGGACGCGGAAGACACGCCGGAUGAGCAGAUUGGCGGUGAUAGCAGCAAGAGUAAUAGUAUAACCUCGGAACAUUCGUUACAUUCGGUGGAUCAUCAUGGAGGUGUGUUACGGAAUGCAUCUAGGCAUCGAAUGCCGGGCCCAGGCCUGCCCCCGAUGCACAACAAUAGUAUGAACAAUUCGGGCGGUCGCGAUGGGCUAAUGGUAGGCGACGGUCUGAACCGAAUGAGUCUGGGUGUGAGCGGAGGAAGCGGAGGCAGUGGGGGACUCGGAGGAAGUGGCUCCGGAUCCGGCAGUAUGGGUGCUAGUAUUGGGUAUCAAAAUUCGUCAUCUAGUCCCGUUGUACCUCAUCAUCAUCCGCAUCAUAAUCAUGUGUCGCAGGCGGCAGCGAAUGCGGUUGCCGAGCAUGGUGCCAACAAUUUUGCUACUAUUAGGACGACCAGUAUUGUGACGAAACAGCAGAAGGAACACAUGCAGCAGGAGGAAAUGCACGAACAAAUGUCCGGCUAUAAACGAAUGCGACGGGAACAUCAGGCAGCCUUAGUGAAGCUGGAAGAACGGUGCAAGGUUGAGAUGGAACAGCACAAAGGAGCGUUGGACAAAGAAUAUGAUCUGCUAUUACAUAGUUUCACUAGGGAUCUAGAUAAACUUUCGGGAAAGCAUCAGCAAGAAAUCGACCGAAGGAUAAAGCAGAACAACGUUGCCGAGAAGAAAUUGUACAAGGAGAUAUCGACACGGCAAGAAGGCGAUCGCAAAGCGUUCGAGUUGCAUAAAAAGAAGGAAUACAAAGCAAACAAAGAACGAUGGAAGCGAGAGCUAUCGAUGGACGAUUCGACUCCGAAGCGGCAACGAGAUGCUACACUUCAAUCCCAGAAAGAUAAUCUGAAGCAAGCGGAGGCUCAAGAAGAGCAGCGAAUGCUGCGAGUACAGAAGAACUACAUCGAUCUGGAGAUGCGAAAGUUCCGGAGGAAAAAGAUGAUUCUUCUGCACGAUCUCGAAAACCAACUGCUGAGAGAUGAACUGAGUAAAAAGCAACAGCAGCUGGAACAAGCCCAUGGCAUGCUUAUAAAACACCAUGAAAAGACUCAGGACUUAGAAUACCGACAACAGAAGAGUGUUCACGCUCUCCGAGAAGAGCAGAUAUCAAAACAACAUGAAAGUGAGCUGCGUAACCAAAAGGAGUACAUGGAUAGGGCGGAACGGGAGCUGUUGAGGAGGCAUGCGCUAGAACUCAAGCAGCAACCGAAAAGUCUGAAGCAAAAAGAGCUCCAAAUACGCAAACAGUUCCGGGAAACGUGUAAAACCCAGACGCGUCAGUACAAGGCACUGAAAGCUCAAAUCCUGCAGACAACGCCCAAGGAGGAACAAAAAGCUGUGAUAAAGAAACUAAAAGAAGAACAACAUCGUAAGUUAACGUUAUUGGGUGAUCAGUAUGAACAAAGUAUUGCCGACAUGCUGCAGAAGCAGAGUUUGCGGCUAGACGAAAGUCAGGAAGUCGAAUGCCAUCAGCUGAAGGAUCGCUUGCAGUACGAACUGGAGAUCCUGACGGCGUACCAGAGCAAGAAUCGGAUGCAAGCGCAGGCGCAACGGGACCGCGAGCGGAAGGAACUAGAAGACCGCGUCAGUGUGCGGCGUGCUCUGCUGGAAAGUAAGAUGGAGACCGAGUUGCAACAGUUCAACCAGGAACGAGCGGAGCGGAUUCGUAUCCUCCGGGAGCGACACGAAAAGCAACUGGAGGCGUUCGACGAGGAAUCGGCACGGAUGGGCUUCAGUGCACUGGCGUUAGCCGAAGCUUCUAAAGAAACCUACCCGGACGAAGAGGGCAGUCUGUCCGGGUCAAUGCUUAGCUUGGCCCAUAGUAGCAGUUCUACUAGUUUUCCGGCAGGUUCGCUAUAGCAUAAAUCCCGCUGUACGCUACAUACCCUAUCGAGUCACAAUUCAAUGUAGUUGAUGGUGGACGGCGGUCUCGAAUAAUGUUAGAAUCGAGCGCAUGGUUGGGCAGCGUUAAGGAAGCAGCAUUCCUGGCUGCGUUACUUGUCCCGUGGGUUGCACGGUUCGGUGAGAGUGGCGACGUGGGGAGUCCCCAAUUGGGGACGGAUGUUCAGAAUGAUGUUGUUACAUUUUUGAUCGUGUUUCUAUAAGAACUUAGUGCUGCUUAACAGUAGCACUCUUGUCGAGCAACUUUGAUGUUUUUUUACCUAUUAUUUUAACAAGCUUUUUUGUACUGUUUCUAACUAGAAAAUAAUACUUAACGUUUGAUAAGGUCAAUCAUUUCUUCUGAAUUCUAGUCAAUUGGAUCCGAUCGAUUGAGGAAGUGUAGUAGGUGGAGUUCGAAGACGGUUAGAAUAAGGAACGCGCUAGAAUGACUGUGAGCCCAGCUUUAGAUAAUACUCAUGAUUGAAUUCAAAAGAUUCCUAUUUGCUAUGGCGUUAUUUAGGUUCAUUUGAGCGAGUGAAAGCGUUUGCGGGCGCUUAAUUCCAUCUGUAAAUAAUCCUAACACAUUCGCUUGUAGUAUCAAAUGCCGCAAAUUGCUUUCUAUAAAUAUACCGGGGCCUACGUUUUUUU